CCCUUAUCCUACGCGCACUCCUCUGUGACCUUUUGUCCUCUUCUUCACUCUCAUGGCAGCUGAGCUACAGCCACUGGAAGCCACUAUUCCCGCCGGCCCAACCACCACCUCCACGUCGACACCUUCACUUCAUAUAACAACCCCGCCGACGGCCUCAAUUCCAACCACAACAGCACCACCACUACCACCAACAACGGCUCUACACACCGCUGAAAAUCCAGGCCCGCAGCAAUUGGGCCAGAAACGGCAGCGCCGGCCGAGCGUCCGGUUAGGUGAGAUCGGCGAUCAGCCCGCCGCCACCGUCUCAAUCGACUCACACAUGCGGCGGGCUAGGUACCCCUGGAAGCUCCCGAAGGACUCCACCAAAUCCGUCAAGGCCAGGUCGAUAACGCACCUCGUCAACGGCCACGACUCGACGGAGAUAGACGACCGGAACCAGAAUGGUGACGGCGGAUUCGAGUUCGGCAGCCGGAAGAUCAAAUCGAAGCGAGCGGCGACGACGAAGAGAGUCCGGUCGAAUUGGAUAGCGAAUUCGAAGAUCGACGAGGGAGGGGAUAGCCGUGACGACGGGGAGGGGUGGAUGAGCGCAGAUCCCGAUAGGGAAAGUCCGGUGAGGGACGAGAGUCCGGUGCAGUCGGCGGAGGAGAACGAGGGGCAUAAUAACUGGAGAGUUGGGGGAAAUUGGGGGAGGGGAUCGGAGAGUAGGGAAAACGACGCCGUAGAGAUGCCGGAGUCGAAUUGGAGCGGAGUGAGGACGUGGCUGAUUGAAUUGGGGUUGAGUCGGUAUACACCGGUGUUUGAGAUACAUGAGGUGGAUGACGAAGUGUUGCCGAUGCUGACGUUGGAGGAUCUUAAGGAUAUGGGGAUCAACGCCGUCGGGUCACGGCGGAAAAUGUACAGUGCUAUCCAGAAGCUUCGGAAAGGGUUCUCGUGAGUGUUAGCUUUCCUGCUCUCAUUUUUUGUUCUUUUUUUGCUGUGUUUUUUUUUUGUUGUUGUUUAGAG